GAGGCCCUCCCAUUCCGUCUUUUCUCCCCCGGGACUGCUUGGUAGCUCUCUCGGGGUAAAAGGCCUCUUGAGGACAUGGCGGCGCCCCGGACCUGCGGGGACGCGGCCUGUUGUUCUCACCAGAGCGCCGUGCCGAGCGUGCAGCAGACCCUGGAGGAGAUGGACUUCGAGAGAGGGAUCUGGUCAGCAGCACUGAAUGGAGACCUAGGACGGGUGAAACAUUUCAUUCAGAAGGAAACAGACCCCAGUCAACCUGAUCCUUCUGGAUACACUGCCCUGCACUAUGCCAGUCGAAAUGGGCACUAUGCUGUGUGCCAGUUCCUCUUGGAGAGUGGAGCCAAGUGUGAUGCUCAGACACAUGGGGGUGCAACAGCUUUGCACCGAGCCAGCUAUUGUGGGCAUACUGAAGUGGUUCGACUACUGCUGUCCCAUGGAGCUAAUCCAAGUGUGGCAGAUGAUGAUGGAAUGACCAGCCUACACAAGGCUGCUGAGAGAGGUCACUUGGAUCUAUGUUGCCUCCUACUGCAGCAUAGCCCAGCUUUGAAAGCUGUUCGAGACCGAAAGGCCCGGUUAGCAUGUGACUUACUGCCUUGCAACAGUGACCUUCGAGACCUGCUUGCUAGCUGAAUAAUCAGAUUCUUGUCUCAGCAAGGGUUCUGGAACCUAUAUCCUCAAUCACCUUCCUCUACCCCUGCAUUCUACAGAGUGGGAAACUGAAACUCAGGGCUCGUGGGACUGAACAAAAGAGAUAGGACCUUCCUGAGGGAGGUCACCUCCUCUCAGGCCAGGAAGGGAAGUUGGUGCAGGCGCUGAAGCCUGACAGGUGAUCAUAUGCUAAAUUAGUACAGUAGAAUUGCCUGUCCAAGCUAUUUUCCCAGUUCAGAGUCAGUACCAGUGACCAAGGGGGAAACAGCUUCUUCUGCUCCAUACCCCAAAAUGUUUUUUCUUAGAAUAAUAUAUUCUCCCCUCAUACCCUGAUAACCCAGUGAGUUAAUCUUGUUAUGGGGCAAAUAAUGAAAAAGAUUUAUUUUUACUUUAGUAAUUUGCUGGCAAUCAUAAACAACUCUUCAGUGCCCUUAAAACUAAAGGCAAGAGAUCAUCUAAAAUCUGUUGAAACUAGCAGGCAGCAAAGUGUUAGUAGAUUAAAGAAAAUCCCAGGGCAUGGGCAGCUUGGACAUUCUCAUUAAAACACUUACAAGGAAAAUAGCUCCAUUGGUGUUGCUCAUUUUGGACUACUUGACUCAGGUGAGAAUUCAAGAAGCAGCUUGGUAUGAUGGAGAGUGCUAGAUUUGGACUCAGAAUCUGGGUUUAAAUCUGAGCCCCUUUGCUACUUUGUCAUCUGUAGAUGAGCUAGUUAGACAAGAUGAUGUCAAAGGUCUCUUCCAGCUCUAAGUCCAGCUUUUAACUCCUUGCUCAGUGAGUGUAGCACUUCUGAACUUGAUCUGAGUCCAGGAGAGUAUUUGUGCCACUGCUGAAUAUUUAGGAACUCUAGUUUUCUUCCCCCUCCCCUCCCACCCCAGCUUUGCUGUCCCUCUGUUGGUCUGGUUAUGGAAUCACCUUUAGCAUCUGUUUUUCCAUUGAAGGUCAAAAUUUUAACCAACCAGAUAGAGUUGGACUACUAAGAGAAAUAGUCACAGCUUAUUUUAGGGGAAUUGGGGAAGAAAAUUGUGGAAUUGGAUUUUAUGGUGGGAAAGACAUAACAGGAUAGUUUGCUUGGCUUUGCUCUGGACUUCAAAAAGGACUCUUUACAAACUACAGUUUCACUUAUUCCAAUUAUGAGAAAAAGGUUUUUGUUCAUGGAGAGGCAAUACAAAGACCUACUUUCAAUUGGUUGGGGAGCUCUGAUUCUUGCUACCUAUUCCUAGGAACAUAGGCUUAACAUUUUUAAUAAAGGAAAACAAAGUGCUUAUAACCUACUGCUUUAGAGAUUGACAGGGUCCUGUGUAUGUAGAGUUUGUGUCCUUUUUCUGGAAUGAGUACUGUUGGUGACAGGUUAAACUUGGCUUGCGUACAUUUAGCUUAGGAAAUUAAAAUUUCAUGAUUCAUGGGAGAAGAAAAGUAGGGAGAUGCUGGAAAGCUAUAGAACCAUUGGGCAGUAGGGAAUAGAGAGCCUUGGCCGGUUAUCAGAUGAAGUUAGUCUUACUUCUUAAGGUGACACUUCUGGGUUUCCAGGCCUUUGCUGAACACCCUAUCUAUAGAUAUCAAAAGCAUAGAAUCCUGCCCCUCUUUCUUGGCAAACAUAGUAUUAUUUCCUCACCCCUUUUGGCAUUUAUGCAGCUGUAGAAUAACAUGGGGACCAUUUAGACCUUUUGGCUACCCCACUGUUUAAAUCCGGGCUUGCUAGAUAAUCUGGCUGUACUUACACUCACACACUUGGGCUAGACUCCCCUGGUCACCUCUACUAAGAUUGAUUUGCCAGUUUUU